AUGGCACGGUCGCUCGCUACAACAAAGGAAGAAAGAGAAGAUUUGGAACAGCAAAUAACAAGGAUGAUAUUAAGAGGAGUGGAGAAUUUGGACGUGAUCAGAAGAGAGUUAAAAAGACAGAUUAGGGCAAAGAGGGAGUUUGAGGAGAAAGAAAAAAGACGGGCGGCAGAGGCGGCGGAUGGGGCCGAGGAAGAAGAAGGAAUCACAGUUGAGGUGGAGAAUGCAGAGGAAAACAGAUUGUAUAAAGCUAUAUGUAAAAACAGAUGGGAAAGAGCAAAAGCAUUGUUAGAGAAUAAGCCAAGUGCCUUAACCUCGAAAAUUACUGCUUCUGGCAAAACACCAUUUCAUGUGGCUGCUUUGUUCGGGCAUGUCAAAAUAUUGGAGGAAUUGUUGAAAUUGUUAGACAACCCAGAAUCCCUAGAAACUGUUGAUGAUGUUGGCAAUACUCCACUUUUAAUUGCCACCGUCACUGGAAGCAUUGAAGUUGCCAAAUACCUAGUGGACAAGAAUCCCAAGCUGCUUGGCAUUCCAAACUCAACCAAUGAACUUCCUGCUACACUUGCUCUUCUCAUUGGUCAUCGUGAAAUGGGAAAUUAUCUUUAUUCUCAAACUCCAUUGGAAUACCUCCAACCUAACGACGAUCGCCCUCUUGGUCCUACUCUUCUUCGUUGUUGUUUGGAAACACAAUGUUUUGAUAUUGCUCAUCACUUGCUUAGUAAAUGCCAAGAUUUGCUUUUUGCGUCGGACAACGAGGAUUGGAAGCCAAUUUUUGGAAUCGCAACUAUGAAUUCUACAAUGCCUAGCCCAAGCGAACUUGUCUUUUGGAAACGAUGGAUCUAUGACUAUAUAGAUGCGAAUUCAACUCCAAGUUUCCAAAGUGCUUCUUUACCUGUCCAUCAUAAAGACACAAGGGAAAAGGCACAAGGAAAGCUUAUAGGGCCAGCAGUUGCAGCAGGACCUCGUUUGCUUCGACGGCUCAUCUUCUCCGCCUAUAAUUUUGUAGGAAUCAAGAAAUUAAAAGAGCUCAAGUUACUGCAUGCACAAGCAAAUGAAAUUGUUCGGCUAGUUUGUAAGAAUGCAAGCAAAAGAGAUGAAGUGAUCACUGUUGCAGAUGCGUUAUUUCGUGCAGCGAAAGAAGGGAAUGUUGAGUUCGUGGUUCAGAUAUCAAAAGCAAAUCCUGAAAUUUUGCUCAUUGGAGAUAACUCAUAUCGAAACAUUUUCUACCAUGCCAUUGAGCAUCGACAAGCUAGGUUUUUCAGCCUCAUCCAUGGGCUUCGUUUCAAGGACGUUUUUGCUUCAAGCAGAGAUAGAAAUGGAAAUAGCUUGCUACAUGCUGCAGCUACCCAAGCUCCUGCUUCCCUUCUUGACCGCAUCCGCGGGCCAACAUUGCAGAUGCAAAGAGAACUGCAGUGGUUUAAGGAAGUGGAGAAACUAAUACCUACUACUAUUAGGAAAGCACGAAACAGUGAUGGCAUGACGGCGGAAGAAUUAUUCAAACAAAAACAUGAAGGGUUAAUGAUUCAAGGAGAAAAUUGGAUAAAGGCCACUGCAUCUUCUUGUUCUGUUGUUGGAGCCUUAAUUGUGACUAUUAUGUUUACUGCAGCUUUUACAGUGCCGGGAGGAAAUGAUCAAACUUUUGGGUUCCCAUUACUCAUCAAACAGUCAUUUUUCAAGGUUUUUAUAUUCUCAACUAUAUUAUCCCUCCUCUUUUCUUCAACUUCGGUUCUAAUGUUUCUAGCAAUACUUACUUCUCACUAUUCUGAACAAAAGUUCCUUAAAUCCUUACCAACAAAGUUGAGUUUGGGUCUUUCCUCACUUUUCAUAUCCAUUGUAGGCAUGAUAGUAGCCUUUCUUUCCACAAUUCGUCUCAUACUAAAGCAUACAAACUACUCGUGGGGUCUCCUCCCUGUUAUUAUGCUUGCAAGUGUUCCCAUAUGCCUCUUCGUGCUCUCACAAUUCCCUCUUCUUCUUCAUUCUGUUUUUGCGACAUAUGGGAGUAUCUUCGACAGGAAAGUUAAGCCGUGGCCAUGA